AUGGAGAAAGAACUCGAUCAGAAGAAUAUCCCUGAUCACUUUGAAGAGCUCGCCGCCGAACGGCACACCAAUGACGUGCAGCUCUCUGGUUUUGAGGACCUUGGCGCGAUUGCAACGCUGAAGCGCUUCAAAUACGCGAGCUUCAUGUGUAUUCUCGUCACGUUUUCCGCGGCUGCCGAUGGAUAUCAGAUCGGCAUGAACGGUAAUAUCAUCGCAAAUACAGGCUUCAUCAGACAGUUUGCGACCGAGACCGAUGCGGAAGGAAAUCCGAUAUUGGCUGCAGGCGUACUAGCCACUUGGGGCCCGAUCAUGAGCGUUGGACAAUUUGUCGGGAUGACCACUUUGCCUUUGCAAGUUCCGGCAAAGGUCUCUUGCUUGGCCAACCGAUAUGGACGCAAGCCGACUCUAUUUGCGAUCUGGUUUAUCCUAUCCAUGAGUAUCCUCUGCGAGAGCUUGGCCCGGAACUGGAAAGUCUGGCUUGUUGGGAAAUUACUGGCUGGCGUUGGCGUUGGUGGAAUCCAAUUUACCAUUCCUACCUAUGUCGCCGAAGUUGCCCCCGUGAGGAUCCGAGGGAUGCUUCUCAUGCUUUACAACUUCUGGUUCUCUUUGGGGAAUUUCUUCGCUCCUGUCUGUAGAAAGUAG